AUGACUUUCACUGUGGAAAAUGCUUUCGUUGGGAGGAUAAUAGGUCGAGGAGGAGCCAAAAUUCGUGAACUUGAAGAGAGCACCGGUGCCAGGAUAAAGAUAAACAACGGCGACUCUGAAGGUGAGGUGGUCCUCUUUGGACCCUCUGCCGCCCAGCAGAAGGCCAAAGAGAUGAUUGAAGAAAUGUUGGCAGAUCGCGACUUCCGACCUCGCAACGGUCCUGGUUGGGCGGGAGACAAUGGAGGAGGAGCUAGUGGUGGAGGCUAUAGAGGAGGAGGCUACAGAGGGGGAGAUCGAGGUGAAGGAGAUGGUGGAGGAGUAAAAGAACGCUCUGUCUGGUCCACUGAAGAACUUCAUGCUUCGGCGAUAACCCCGGCUCCUCCGUCCAUCGACUGGAAAGACAUCCGGGAGAACAAGGACAAGUAUCAAGAGCUCAAGUGGAAAGACCUGCCGCCCUUGAAGAAGAACUUUUACACUGAGGCAGAGAGCGUAUCCGUGCUCACAGCAGAGGAAGUCAGUGAAUGGAGGAAGGAGAACAACGAUAUCUUUGUGGACGACCUGAAGGAGGAGGGGGAGAAGCGGCCCGUUCCAAAUCCAUGCCGUACCUUCCUGGAGGCCUUCGAGCUUUAUCCAGAGAUCAUGGAGAAUAUAGAAUGCGUUGGUUUUGUCAAACCAACCCCCGUCCAGUCUCAGGCGUGGCCGGUGUCUCUGAGUGGAGAGGACGUGAUCGCCAUCGCUCAGACUGGAACAGGGAAGACUCUGGCUUACCUGCUGCCCGGGUUCAUCCACAUGGACGGACAGCCUGUGCCUAAAGCCAAGCGCGGUGGUCCAGGCAUGUUGGUGCUGACGCCCACCAGAGAGCUCGCCCUGCAGAUCGAAACCGAGUGCAGCAAGUAUCGCUAUAAGGGCUACAAAAGUGUCUGUAUCUACGGCGGAGGAGACAGGAGAGCUCAGAUCGCUCUGGUGAAGAGCGGCGUGGACAUCGUGAUCGCCACACCGGGCCGGCUGAACGAUCUGCAGAUGAACGAGCUCAUCAAUCUGCAGUCCAUCACCUACUUGGUGUUGGACGAGGCGGACCGGAUGCUAGACAUGGGCUUUGAACCCCAGAUUAUGAAGAUUCUCCUGGACAUCCGGCCGGACCGACAGACCGUUAUGACCAGUGCCACGUGGCCCACCGGUGUGAGACGAUUAGCCAAAUCCUAUCUGAAGAAUCCCAUGAUGGUGUAUGUGGGCACUCUGGACUUGGCGGCCGUUAACACGGUGCAGCAGACCGUGCUGCUCGUCCACGAAGACGAGAAGAAGUCCUACGUGUUUGACUUCAUCAGAAACAUGCAGCCUCUGGAUAAAGUCCUCGUCUUUGUGGGCAAGAAGCUUGUGGCCGACGACCUGUCCAGCGACAUGUGUCUGCAGGGUCUGGCUGUGCAGAGUCUUCAUGGUGACCGUGAGCAGUGUGACCGUGAGGAGGCCCUCAAGGACUUUAAAGACAGCCGAGUUCGUAUCCUGGUUGCCACAGACUUGGCGUCUCGAGGGUUGGACGUCAUCGACAUAACUCACGUCUUUAACUACGACUUCCCGCGAAACAUAGAGGAGUACGUCCACCGCGUGGGCCGCACUGGCCGAGCAGGACGCUCAGGUGCUUCUAUUACCCUGAUAACAAGAGAGAACUGGAGAAUGGCCCCGGAGCUUAUUCACAUCCUGGAGCGAGCAGGACAGGAGGUCCCAGAGGAGCUGGUGCUCAUGGCAGAGAGAUACGAGAAGCACAAGAGGGAGAAGGACUUGGGUGCUCCAAGAGGACCAGGGGGAGGAUAUGGGAGGAGAGAUGGAGGAUGGGGGAGGAGAGAUGGAGGAGGAUGGGGGAGGCGAGAUGGUGGAGGCAGAGAUCAAAGUGAUAACUGGGCCUUCUAAUGCAUGAUUGUCCAUGCUGAAGCAGAAUCUGAUGCCUGUGUUGUGAUUUGUUUUGAAUGUACAUUAUGUAUUUUCUUUGAUUUGAAACCGUGGUUCGUUUGUGUUUUUGCUGGAUUAUCAAUGAGGCCGUUACUCCUCAUUAUGUUGCGCUCCUGUUUUAAAAAAUGUUUAAAAUGCACAAAUUUGACACUUUCUUCUGUCUGUAAACUCACCGACCACAUUUUGUUUAUUUAAUGCAGACGUAAAACCUGUAUAAUAAAUUCUUUUUUUUUUUUUUUAAAGAGACGUGACGCGGUGUAUUUUAUUGAAACUUAUGAUACGUUAAUCAUUAAAUCUGCACCGUCACAAUAAUGGGAAACGUUUACCUAGAAGACGCCAAAGGUAAAUGUUUUAUAAUUAUCAUUCACUAAAAGGCAAACAGUCAAUUAUUUGAACGGGAAUUAUUGGACAGGAAGUGAUUCCCCAGAUUAAGUCCAAGUCGUCUACAGUGAGCAGGAAAUCAAAGGAGCACCGCUGCAGUUUCUGGUAAACCAUAAACUAUUUCACAAUCCUUUGUGAUGAAUGCAGAAGUGUUGAACAGUGAUUCAUCACUGUGAUGAUGAAACAAUCUGUCAGCACUUCUGACGACGAAGCCGGGUAGUCGAGAACAACAAAUGUGGACAUACUAUGACAUAUCACUGUUUCCACAUGCUAGAGGUAGAAAAAACUAUGUAUAGUAGUAUUGUAUACAUUAAAACUUAUCACACCCCUAGACAGACAGAAAUGGACCUGACAAGUUCAUAAAGUAACAAAUUUAUUUAUUUAAAAAGUAGAACAAUUGUGAAAGCUUGUAAUCCGUCAUGUGGGCAUGCAUGUAUUGGAUGUGUCGUGCAAAAAAUGUAAAAGACAGUUGUGACCACGUUGGAAGAGAGGGACACUUCAUGGGUAGGUGGUAAAAACCGGACUGCACAGGAGUGGCUGAGUAACCAGAUGGAGCUCUGGAUCCUGCAACACAAAUGUUAUGUAAAACUGCCAUUGUGUUAUUUGUCACAGUAUAAUAUGACAUUAAAGGAGUUUGUUCUGUUGACAUGUGAUUGUAUGAAAAAAGUUGAUCUAGCCAAUAAAAACAUGUUACCAUCAUAUAUUAUUUUGGAAAUGUUAUUAAAAGAAUCAUAUGUCGCGUAUCAAAAGUAAUAAAGUCAUAGCAUGUUGAAUAAGUCAUCACAUAAGAUGACUUGUAUCAACAAACUUAAAUAUGCCUUUUUUGACAUGCUAUACUAUGACUCUUUGAAUCAAUGUUUUGACAUAUAAAUUAUGUAUAAAUGAUAUUUUGAUUAUGCUCUCUUAUUGAACGAUUACCCUGAGUUUAGUUAUCACUUGAAAAUGGGAAAUCCGUUUUCACGUUCCUCCCUGAUACGUUGAGCCAGACUUUUGCACUUCUUCAGACCGGGACCAGAGAGCAGGUUCUGAGUCGGGAUGAAGAAGUUGUGGAGAACACCUCUUUCCAGAUGUUCCACGAAGUCCUCCAGGAGAAGCAGGAAACAGCGGCUCAGACUCGAGGCCCUCCAGUCGGCGUCCUUGGUUCUGGAGCAGCAAGCGUGUAACAGCGUGGUCUUAACGUGGUACGAGCAGAACUUAGUCAAAGAAGAGUCCUUCUCCUUCAAGAGACUGAGAAGAUGCUUCAGGAGCUUCAGACAGUCCUUCCUGUUUGUAAAGACAAAAGAAACUUUGAGGUAACUUUAUUUCAAGAUGGCUUGAGGAGUUGAGUUUGUUAAAACAUCUGUAACCUGCAGCAGCGUUCUCCUUCUCUCUCGCAGCACGUCUUCUCCGACCCGUGAUUCAUCAGCAUGGCCUUCUCAACGUGUGAGAACGAAACCCGCCAAACAUCUGCCAAAAACACCCAGAGGGGAACUUGAAGCUUCGCUUUCUUUUUCCUAGAUUUCAUUCAUAAAAAGGCCCCAAACAGUGUGUAACUAACUCACCUUUGGCCAGGACCCCGUCACACUCCACCGUACCCACGCCUUCGUAUUUUGGGACGAGAUAAUACGGCAGUCGCUUGUAUUGCUGCUUUACUUUGGUUCCCAGCCAGCCGUCUAUUUUAAUGCCUUCUUUGGUAAAAGCUGGCCAGCUGGAUUGAACCACGAUGCUGAGAACGAUAUCCAGUGAAAUGGGGAUUGGUUGAUAUUUUGUCAUCAGGGUCACGGCGGGGCAUCCUGUUUUCUUUUUUGUCACCUCCCAUUCUGAAAGAACAAAGAAAGAAACAAUUGAAAUGUUGCAUGAAUUUAUUUUUAUAGACUAGUGUGAGAACCGCGGAUUAAUGACAGUUUACCAUUAACCAUCACAGUGUGAACUAAAGUUGUACUGGAUCCUUGUAGACCAGCUGCUACAACCAAAC